UUUUUCCUUUUUCACGUUGCAAAUCACGUUCCAAUGGCCCACUCGCGUUGCCUCACGGAGCCCGAAAGGAUUGUCUCCCAAAUCCCCCAACCAGAGGCGCGAUUGCACCGAGGUCCGAGGGGCGGAUCCGCGAGGGACCAGGGCGCGACAGCGCCGCCGGGAGCGGAUACGGCGAGGGAACGACGCGCGACAGCUGCGGGGCGGGCAAACUUUUGAUGGCAACCGGCAAGGCGUUGGUGACGCAUGCUUCCGACGACGGCGAUCUGGAAGCGCCGCAGGCCAUGCGCAGGGAAGAUCGCCCACCCUCUCUCAUCAAUACCGCCGGGCAUGUGUGCUGGUUAGUCGCCUAUCUGCUGCGCUGGAUCUUCUACAAGGUGGACGAAUGGCUUAUCUACCUCCGCUCGAGGUGGAGGUCGACUACUACGAGUCCAUAGACCAACAUCUCUUCAAGCAACUUUUUAGAGAAAGUGGCCCGAAGUACUUGGAAAUUCAAGGACAGCAAAUGCAGACUGCAAUACAAUGCUUGAAAUACUACAAUGCUAGGCAUCCGGGCUUGGAAUACGUACUUGCUUCUGAAAAGGUGAUGCAAAGUGCAGGAACAAGCAUGGCAGGAGGAGUCUGGGCUCAUGGCAACUUUGUGGCUCGUCAGAGGAAAGCGAGGUGCUUCUCAUUCCUAUAUGGGCCACGGACCCUCUUCUUUUUUGAGAUGAAUGGUUCUCCUUAUCAUGGUGGAAUUGUAACAUGUGCACCAUUAGAUGAACCAGUUAAUGAAGCAUACAAGUUCCUAGGUUUUCCCCUUUGGUGGGCUAAACGUCGGAGUGGAAAAUAUGACUGUGUUUGCCUGAUUUGUGGUUCGCGCUAUACUGUCCAAGGCACUUGCUCAAAUGUAAAAUUCUCAUGCGGGCAUAGGAGGAUAGAUCGUCUUUGCAGGAUGUGCUUCCGUCGAUCUGAAGUCCUGCACCCUAGUCCAGGGGAAUUUGCGCAUGGGCAUCAAAUUGACGCCACAUUUAGCUACUUCUCUGUAAUUGCAUGAACUGUGUCGGGUCCUAGAGGAAGCAAGGGUGUUACUCUUGCUACUUGAUCUGGUGACCUUGCUACUUGAUCUGGUGACGCGCGCGUGUCGGCCCAAGAAAUCACACGGCUCCUCCGAUCCUCCGCAUCUUCUUUUAUCCUCCCAGACACAUCGCUCCUUGCUGGGCUCGCGUUUUUGGCUCCCUCGACGUGAGUACACAACACAACCGGUGCUGGCUGCUGGGACCUGGAAUUAAUCUUCUGCUUUGUCAUUUCAUCAGAGGACCGUGCAUGGGAGCACUCUGCCGUCUACAACGCUGGAAGGCUGCCACACGGUGGACAUGCUGGUACAAUAUAUGCAGCGUGUGAAGACCUCCUCCAGUACUGAAUAACUGAAGAAAUUAACAAUCUAGCUAGAUACAGCUACAAGUCACAACUGUACAGAUUAAACUAGUUCAGCAUAUUUUUCGCGAUGGGAGGGUUCAGCCUGUUUUUUUAUUAAGAGGUUGGUAACCAAAUGUUACAAGAGUUUUAUACAGUGGCGAGCGUCGGACGGAACACCUAGCUACUGGAUCGGAUACAAAAUUUGUUUCUACAUGAAGAAGUUAUUUACCAAUCCAUAUACCAGGUACAGUUGUUUGUUCA